AUGUAUUAUGAACCUGAAGAAAUUAUCGAUAAUAUCGAUUAUGAUAUUAUAAGCGAUCCUAAUUCAUUAUUUAAUUCGGAAAAAUUGUAUUCAUUAUCAGAAUCUCAAAUAGUUUCUUUGCUGAAAAGAGACGAUGUCGGUCUACACGAGAUUAUAAUUUGGAUAAAUUUAUUGAAUUGGGGUAUAAAAAAUACGCCAGAGCUAGUAGAAUUAGAAGAAAAUACGUCAAGAAAAUGGACAGAAAAAGAUUUCGAGAAAUUAAAAGAGAAAUUAAAAAAUUGCAUUGAAUGGAUAAGAUUUUUUCAAUUAAGUCCACAAGAGUUUGCAGAGAUCCCUUCUACCUACAUAAAUUCAACAAUAUUGACCGGUAGACAUGCAACUAUUUUAUCUAGCUGGAUGAUUAAUGAAGAAACUUCAACUGCCAAUUUCAACUUAUUAUUCAAAGCAAGUGAAGAAGAUUUGAAUUUAAAUAAUUUUUAUGCAAAAUGUUGCAACAAAGGCCCAAUACUUUUAAUUAUAAAAUUUUAUGAUUCGGAUUACAUUGCUGGUGGCUAUAUUCCAUUAAACUAUCGUCGUAACGACAAUAAAAGAAGAUCGUCUACGAAAAAUUUAUUUUCAAAAAAGACAGGAUCUAAAAAUUCUCUAUAUGAAAAAAGUUUCAUCUUUUCGUUCAUAGAUAAAUAUCGUCCGGAAGACACGGCUGUAAUUAGCAGAGUUUUACCACAGUUUGCAAAUGAUGCUGUUUUCGAGCAUCCAGCCGGCGGACCUUGUUUUGGCACAGGUCCUGAUUUAUGGAUUAAUAUUGAUUCCAAGGAAAAAUUUGGUCAUAAUGUUCCUUCUUCUUAUGAACAUGACAUCUUAGAUUAUCAUGACAACUCUAAUAAAAUUCUUGGUUUAGGUGGUGAUUCCUUUGAAAAAAACAGAAUGGUUGAUAGAUCUUCAAAAACUAGUAAAAUAUUUGGAUUAAAUGACUCCUUCGAGAGAUCUAUAGAUAGAUCUUCAAAAGCUAGUAAGAUACUUGGUCUAAAUGAGUUUACUAUUGAUGAAACUGCAAUUUUAGAUAGGUCUUCAAAGGCUAGUAAAAUACUUGGGCUGAAUGAAACGAUCGAUGAGUCCGCAGCGCUGGGUAGGUCUUCAAAAGCCAGCAAAAUACUUGGAUUGAAUGAUAUUAGUAUUGAUGAAUCUUCAACGCUAGACAGGUCGUCGAAAGCUAGUAAAAUACUUGGAUUGAGUGAUGGUGGCAAUGAUGCAAAUAAUAACAAUAAAAAAUCUACAUCUUUGGAUAAGAGUUUUGAAUUGACCGCGGACACUAUAGUGUGUGUUAGUGAUAUUUUUACUGGUAGAUCGUGGAUAUUAGAAGUUAGCAAACCAAGUAUAAAACCUUGGUAUUUACAAGCUGAUAAUGUAAAUGAUAUGAAAUUUUGGUUGACUGAAUUAAAAUCAACAGUUGUUCAACUUAAAUACAAUUUGGUUUCGCCAGUAUCAACAACAUCAUCUGAAAUGAGUUAUUUUAAUAGACCUUUAUCUCCUCCAUCCAGGCCAAUUCAAUACUCGUCAUCAUCACCAUUAUCGCCUCCUUUGCCACCACUUCCACCAAAUCAACCCUCCAACACUGCUAACCCGUUAUCACCACAACUUAAAAAUGUACAAGAAAAAAGAAUAUUAGACAUUACGGAAAACUUUGAAGAACAUAUUAUUAAACGACCUUUACCACCUGUCGCAUUAUCACUGCCAAGAACAAGAUUUGGUCAGCCAUUAAUUUCAGAUUAUGGUUCAAUUGAUAGUCAUCACUCACUUGAUUCAGAUCAUAAAGGAAAUAGAAACACUAUUAGGCAGAGUAUACCAAUUAUAAUGCCAUCAUGGUCAAUCAAAUCAACGUCAUCAUCGACAUUAUCUUCUAUAGCGACUUCUUCAACGACCUCUUCAACGACUUCUUCAACGACUUCUUCAACUAAUAGUCCCACUACUACUGCCAAUACAGAAAGACGUAAUAAUUCAUAUAGUUGUGAUAGUUAUGUACAAAAUGCUAUUCCAAAACGUAGAACAAGCAAACAUAACACGCAUUCAUAUUCAUUGUCGUCACCCUUAUCACAAAGUUUUCCAACGAGAAUUUCAACUUUUGAUGAAAUAAUAAGAAACAAAAUGAAUUCAACAACAUCACCAAUAUCACCUUCUUCAACAUUGCUACCAUCGCCGCCAUCAUCGCCACCGCGUAAUCUAUUUUAUCAAUCAUCUAUUAUGGACACUGCGCUGAGACAAUAUUCUCAACCACUACCAUCAACAUCAAAUGCCGCUAAAUCUUUUGCUUAUUCUUCCAACUCGCCAAGUUCUGCUACCAUUAAAAGACCUCCAUCAAACAGACAACAAUCAUUGCCUUCAAUUGAUAUUACUGCUUUACCACCACCUACACGUCCACCGAAUGAUCCAUUGCCACCUGUUCCAGAUAAACCAAUGAAUUCAGGAAACCCAUUUAUUGGAGAAUAUUCGGAUGAUGAUAAUAUUGAUCCAGAUUAUGAGGAGGAAUUGGUCGCAUCACGUAGAAAAUUAGACGAUCAAGCAGAUGAUGAAAAUUAUUCCAGCAUUGAAGUAUUUUAUGAUCGUAAAACAGAUAGCAACUAUAAUAGUAAUAAUAAUGAAGUGUCGGCUUCUGGGUUGACUUUUGUUAUGGUUGAGGAAACAAAUGGUGAUGGAGAGAUAAUAUUAGAUCUUCAGGAUGUAAGCGAGCUAAAAAGUAGAGAGAUGAUGGCAACAAUGAGUAUUACAGGAAAAAAAAAGAAAAUUACUUGUGACAUUGAUGGCAAUGAUAAAUAUAAAGAAGAAAAAGAAGAUAAUAAAUUUAUUGAAAGAGUUAUUAAAGAUGAUUUUAAUAUUAAUUCAGAAAAAGUGGAUAAUAGUCGUACUACAAGAUCAUCAAUAUGA